GAUAGGGGGUAUGCGAUAUCACGUUUAAAAUUAAACAAAGAGUCUGAUGUUUACUUUACAAUGUUUAUUGAAUAAUAAUAACUCCAAAGGGAGAAUUGAUUACAAAUCUCUUGGCACAGAAAAAAACACUAGAAGAUGUCCCAAAUAUCCCAUUUCCUACCAAAAAGCACCAUGGGAUCCCUAGUAGAAUAGAAAUGAGAGAAGCAUUUCGGUUUAAGACACCCUCCAGUAUUUUGAUUGUGGGUCCCUCUGGCUGCGGAAAGACUUGUUUUACUGAAUCGUUGCUCUUGGAUCAUUUGGAAGAAUUGUUUGUAGACCCUCCCCCUACAAUUCAUUAUUGCUACGGGGCAUGGCAAGAUGGAUUAAAAUCCAAGACAUGAAAGAUGCUGGUGUGCAAUUUCAUAAAGGGAUUCCAGAGUCAGAUCAUCUCAAGUCAUGGUUUCCGAAGGGUGGAUUACUUGUGUUAGAUGAUCUGAUGGCAGAGGGAGGUGAGGACAAAGAGUUGCUGGACUUAUUCACCAAACACUCUCACCAUCAAAAUAUCAUCGUGUUGUACUUGUGCCAAGACAUGUUUCCACCAGGGAAAUACGCUAAGAGUAUUUCCAGAAACGCACACUUCAUCGUAGCCUUCAAAAAUCCAAGAGAUCAAUUAGUGAUGAAGAAUUUACUGCUUCAAGCUUUUCCCACUUGCUGGCAAGACAUGAUGGUCGUGUAUCAAAAAGUGAUCCAACGACUGUUUGGGUACACGGUCCUGGAUUUACAUCCCACCAGUGAUGACAGGAAACGCGUAUUUAGUCACCUCCUGACACACGAAGGAUACCCGCACUGGCAUCAGAGAAAGAGAGAGGAUGUCUGAUCAUUGACUAAAAUGGUAUACCAACAGCCGAGACUAGUCCUACAACAACAACUUGCGAGAAACCUUGAAAGUAGACGAGAAGCCCAGAAUUCAAACCACGACAGAACAGAUUUGUACAGGCAAAGAAAAAGUUAAAGUUGUUAUCAAUUCUCCCUUUGGAGUUGUUAUUAUUCAAUAAAUGUUAUAAAAUAAAUAUCAGACUCUUUGUUUAAUUUUAAACAAUUUAAUGACAUAACUGGAGGUAUACCCUCUAUCCCCCGUCUUCUCAUCGACUCUUAAUCAUGUGAUAUCACAUACCCCCUAUCUCCUGUCUUCUCAUUGGUUGUUAACCACGUGACAUUGUCUAUUCUUUUGUGAAUACCCAUUUAUAAGUCAAACAGUCUUGAGAGAAUUCAUUUUACUCGUGACAAAGUUGGACACACGUCUUCUCAUUCUUGUCUUGGCGAUUACAGAUCUAAGUGAUCAAGAGCUGUGUGAUGCUUUGGAGGAAAGGACUAUGGUUAAUGUAAGUGAUUUUAUACCUGUCUAAAACUACUUAUUAUUCAAGUGGCUGUUUUAUUACAAGCGAUUAGUUUGCAGUGUUGGUAAAUGAAGUUAGAUCUUUACUUGAAGCGCAAAAUGUUUGUUUGAAAUUCCUUCGAUGUUAUUCUCAAGGGUUAAGAUACAGUCUAACAUGAUUUCAGCUUCUAAACAUGUGCUUUUCGGUUUUAAUUUAUUCCAUGUUUCAUCCCUGACUAAUUAUGUUGAUUCUUCAAUG